AUGGGAUAUAGAGCAAUUUUAAAGUUAACAGAUGAAGAGCUUUUUGGAACGUUAUGCUUGGAGCCAUUAGCAAAUGAUGAUAAACAUGCAAAGAUGUAUCAAAGUUGUCAAUCUGACCGGUUUAUCGCUGCUCUAUGUGACCCAAGAACGUCUUUUGAAUACAAAUCAAAUGAAGUUUUUCAAAUUGUUAAACCUCAAAAUGUUGAAUAUGAGAAAAUUUCUGUUAAAUUAAAAGUUAAAAGUCAUCCUACCAACUCAUUGAGUAAAGAAGAUAUCAAAAAUGUUAAAGCUUAUCUUAAUUCAUGGACUGGAUCAGGAUUUUAUAUGACUAUAUUCAUGAGGCCAGACUUGAAUCUUUCAAAUGUUUUAGCUUAUUUGAAUACAGUUGGAUCUUUAAAGUCUGAUAAAGCUAUUACUGAUGAUGUUUGCAAGAUUAACAGUGAAAGACUACCAAAGAUUCUUAUAUAUACUUCAAUACCUGAUUUCUUUGGAAUUUUCAAUAGACUAUUAAAUUUCUAG